CUAAACAGAGCAUGUUGUGUGUGACAUCUUCUUUUGCGAAUGCGGGCCGCUUUAAGUGUUCACACUAGAGAGCGUUUGCUGGUCGCAUUUUAUUUGUAGUGUGAACAAGCAGACAAGAAAAUCGGAUUUGAUCAAAAAAUCGGAAUUGAGCAUUAACACCUGCAGUGUGAACGUAGCCUAAGUAGAUGUUCAUGAGACAUGAACCUCAGCAUUCCCAUGUCAUGGUCCGUGGGGGUACCUGGAGGGUGUCUCCUUCUGUGGCUGAUGUACCAUCCCUUUGGGGCGGGGACUUCGGUGCUUCAACUGAGCCUCAGCUGCGAGCAAUCAGCUGGAGACCUACUUCAGCUGUCUCAACCGGCUCCUCCGUGCCAGUUUGUUCUACCCGUCUCGGUGGUAAAUGACGUUUCCCUUUGUGGUUUUCCUUGUGUGACUUAGCUCUCGGAGUAAUUUCUGUCUUCCCUUCGUACAGCGGAGUUCCUAUCCUGGUUUUCACCUUACGGGGACAGUCCCCGCCUCCCAGCCAACCCCCACGCUUCUGCUUGGGACCCUCCAGACGCUUUCCACGGACCUCUCCCCUCCCCUCAGUGAUUCCAACCCGGACUGGCACAAAUAUUUCCGCGGCUUACUGACCUCCUCCCCGUCCCUACAACUAGCCUGAUUGGCCCCCCCCUUGUCACGUUAGGUCGCUUUUUCGAUUAAAAUUCACUGUAAGCAUUCCUCGCCCGUGUUUGUCUGCAUUUUUGGGUCCACUUUCCUGAUCGAACCUGAUGGUUCAUGACAUCCUACUUAAUCUCAGAGGCUUAUUGGCAACCCACACAUACUGAACAUUAUUGGCUGAUUUAAGAAAGAGUUUUUUUGAACCAUCUGUUGUACCAAGGUCGAUGUUGUUAUUUGCUAAGACAGCAUAACAUUUUUCAUUUUUACAUUAUAGCUGUAAUGAAUAUUUGACAGUAAGGUAUUAAAUUUUACAAAUUCAAGUUUUCAAGUAGUGCCUACACAACGUAUUCUACCUCCAAAAGUGCAAGUGUAUAAUCUAAUGUAACUUUUGGAAUUAAGUGAGCUAUUUUGCAUGUCUUUUUGCCAUUUGGUUUAUUGGUUUCCCGCCUGCUAUAGUAAUUUUGGCUUACUUGGCUGCUUCCCAUUGCCAUUGGUUAACAACAUUAAGGGAGUUCUUCUCUGUAACUGCUAUAUUUCAUUUUUGGAUUGCUGAUAUCAUGUCUUACUUCGGGAUGAAUAGAAUGGGCUUCCAUGAAGGUUGUGCCAGCCAUAAGCAUAUGACGGGAAAGCCUAAUUAAUUAAAAAUUUUUGUCAGCUGACUAUAUUUUUCAAUUUUUUAUUAUUAUUUUUUAACAAAAGAAGCUUUUGCUAUCAAGCUUCCCCGCAGAAUGGCUUUCAUUGAAUCCCAAAGAAUUAGAGGGUUCACUUCUCCGUUGUCAUUUUCUUUAAUGAAUGUAUCUAUUUCUUGUUUAAUAUGUUCAUUUGUAAUAGAUUCAUUCAGAUUUGGUUUAUGUUGUUUUUCAUGCAGCCGCACGAUGAGGUUCCGUGCAGGUCAUGUUCAUGUCUGUUUUCGUCACGCCAUUUGGUUCACAGUUUCCAUGCAUCUGCACAGCACUCUGUUCAUAGUUAUUCCUUUCAGUCAGGUUAGUGUUUUUCCAGUUUAGGUUUUUUGUUAGUUGCAGUCUCUGUCCCUGUUAUGUUUUGUCUACUCCCUUUUGCAUCAGCCCAAAUAAAGGCUCACUUUCAGUUUAAGUUCACUCCCGUCUCCUCGCCUGUGUUCGUCCACCACACACACUCUCCACACGCUGGCCGUGACAGAAGCCCUACAUUAAGGCGCCAAACAGUUUUCCUUGGAAGUGAGUCCAACUGAAUUGUCAGAAAAAUCGUGUUAUGAUCUGAGACAUCCGCUACCCCAAUUCCACAGUCUAACACUCUAUGACAUUCUUCCUUUUGCAUUCUUGUUUAAUUUUUGCUAAUACUCUGGCUCUUUUGAUUGGAUUUCCCAGGCCGUUAAGCAACAUCAAUUCCAGACACUGUGACAUAGUAUACUGUUGUGGAAAUAAAAUGAUCCUCCACCACUGACCUCAAAAACAAACAAAACCUAAACCAAAACAUGGUAGAACAAAUAGAUGAACAAUUAAAAAGAACUGUAGAAUUCAAAACUCAAACAACAUUGCAAUAUGACUCCCACUAUGAGGUAAAUGACACACCCCCACACAAUGAUGAGAGGGAGAGCCUCACCGGAAGUGAGGGCCCUCUCUUAGAAUCCGUGAGAACCCCGAUCUGAGUCACACUCAUCCUAUCUUAAGUUGUUGGCUACCUCAAGGUAGAGCAAUUAUACACAACUUGAACCAUGAAGAACAUAUUAAUUAUUCAAGAGAGCCAGAUACAUAUUUGGAGUGAUUACGUUAUCUGCCCCUACACUGAAAUAGUUUCUAUAAAGUCAAACCCUUCUCUGUUCCCUUGUAGUUUGUCGCGCACUCUCUGAAUGGCUCCGUUGUUGCUUCUCCGGGUCGCGGGUUGCCAUGGUGACGCUUGCUCCAGUAGAGACGUAGGGUCAAAUCCUCCUCUUUCGUGUGGCUCCUCCACCGUAAAUCCUCUCCGCUGCAUCUCUCGUACCGCCUCCGCCGGACUGUGGUACACCUGAGGGCCUGUGUCCCAGUGGUUCCGGAGUUUUGUAAAUGGAGAUUGGAAUCAUAUGCCCUUUUGUUUAAGUGUGCUUUUCACUUCUCCAUGUGCACGGCGCUGUUGUACUACCGUAGCAGUAAAGUCAUGGUCGAAACCAAUGGGUUUGUCUUUGACAAGGAUCUUCUUCUGCCAUGCGUUUCUGAGGACAGUUUCCUUUGUUUUGAACUGAAGAAAACAGACGACAAUGGAACGGGGAGCAGCAUCAGCACCUGGCUUAGGACCAAGGGAUCGGUGAGCCUGUUGUAUUUGUGGGUCAGUGCCAUCAGCCAUUAGCCUCUUUCUUCUGAUCACAUUUUCAACAAAGCUUAUUACCGAGCUGCCCUCUUCUCCUUUGGGGACUCUGUAGAUUCGCAGGUUAUUUCUUCUCGAUCUAGACUAAAGGUUUUCUAGCCUUUCGGUUAGUUUCCUCUGCUCCAUUAGCGAUUGUCUCAGCGCGUUGUAGGCCACCGCUGACCAGCUUUCAAGCCCUGCCACUCGUGUUUCAGCUUCCUCAAGCUUCUCGUCGUAUUCUUGGACUGCUAGCUUAUCAGUCGUUAGCUGUUAGUUCAUAUCUUCUUUGAAUUUCUUCAGGUUGUCUUUCAACUCACGCCUGAAGACUUCUUUGAAUGCGUUGAAGUCAGCUUUCAUCUCCGUCCAGAGGUCAAAGAUUUGUUGGCUAAUAUUUUAUAUGACCUCUUGCAAAGAAUCGAGAUUGGUCCCCUCGCCAUUUUCUUCAUCGGAGUUUGCCAUAUCAGCGUGCGUGUCCUCUCGUUCUUCUGGAAAAUACUGUUCAGUUGGUUCAUGUAUCUUCUUGUUCUUUUUCUUUGCCUCCCCCGGCAUUGUUUUAAACAUAGAAGUAGUCAGAAAACUUGAAAUUAAGGGAGAAUUCGCUCGACCCUGAGGAGCUCAGAAAUUACGCCGCCAUUCUGCUCGCUGCCAGCCGGAAGUCCCCUAUUUUUAUUACUUUGAAUUAUCCAAAUUAAUCAGGGAGUGGACUGUGGACAACUUUCAUGUUGGCAACCACAGCAAACACCAGAGCACUCAAAAACCAAAAACUCUGAAUUUUCAGCAUGUUGUCACAAUGCUUUAUCAAGGUUCUUGCCCUGUUUGUAAUCCAUGCGAGCACACUACGACUGUUAUCGAUUUUUCGCCUAUUUUUUAAAAUUUGAUUUCUUUUGGUAGGCACUAGAACUGAUUUAAUGGAAGUUGAUGUUUUCCUCUUCUUUGUGGGAGAGUUUUAAUUUUGUUCUUUCUCUGGCAGUCAGGAAAAAUGUGCAGUGAGUUUUCCUUGACUGCUACAUUAAUGUCGAACAGAAAUGUUGACACUUGUGACAUGUGCAGCUGACUUAGGCGCAUAUGGAGCAUUCAGGUUUGCAUAAUGCAGUACGGAAAUGUAGAUUAUGUGUCCUUACCUGAUGUCUACAUGUUUGUUUGUGAACAAUUUUCAACUUAAGGAAACAGCUCCAUUGUUUUAGCCUUUUCCUGUAUUUCACAGGACAUUCUCUGCUGAUGGCAGUGAUGGAGAACGCAACGUGGCCACAUCCCUCAUACCUCCCACAUUAUCUCCUCCGUGGUGACCCUUUCGCCUCAAGACUCUCCAGGGAGGCGGACGUUGUUGCAGCCCUUUACGUCUGUAUCAUAGGAAUCAUGUCUGCAACAGGGAAUGGAUAUGUCAUUUAUAUGACCAUGAAACGGAAGACCAAGUUAAAGCCUCCUGAGCUCAUGACUGUUAACCUAGCCAUCUUUGAUUUUGGCAUAUCAGUGACAGGAAAGCCCUUUUUCAUUGUGUCUAGUUUAUCCCACCGCUGGCUGUUUGGCUGGGAGGGAUGUCGAUUCUAUGGCUGGGCAGGCUUCUUCUUUGGAUGUGGGAGCCUCAUCACAAUGACUGUGGUCAGCCUGGACCGGUAUCUCAAGAUUUGCCAUCUCCGAUAUGGUGCAUGGCUAAAACGCCACCACGCGUUCCUGUGCCUGGCCUUUGUAUGGGUGUAUGCAGCCUUCUGGGCCACAAUGCCCCUGGUGGGCUGGGGAAAUUACGCUCCGGAGCCCUUUGGAACCUCUUGUACCCUGGACUGGUGGUUGGCUCAAGCCUCAGUGUCUGGCCAGAGCUUCGUCAUGGCCAUUUUGUUCUUCUGUCUUAUACUCCCUGCAGGGAUCAUUGUCUUCUCUUAUGUUAUGAUCAUCUUCAAGGUCAAGUCAUCUGCUAAAGAAAUUUCACAUUAUGAUGCACGCAUCAAAAACAGCCACACCCUUGAGAUGAAACUCACAAAGGUGGCAAUGGUGAUCUGCACAGGCUUCUUGAUAGCCUGGAUCCCUUAUGCAGUGGUGUCAGUGGUGUCAGCAUUUGGUGAGCCAGACUCAGUGCCCAUCCCUGUGUCUGUUGUUCCUACGUUGCUGGCCAAAUCCUCCGCAAUGUACAAUCCCAUUAUCUACCAGCUUGUGGACCUGAAAAUCUCAGCCUCCUGUUUUAAGGUUAUGAAGAAACAAAGGCAUUUUAGAAAGUCAAGGUUCUAUGCCAUCUCUGGCUCAUUAAAAGAAACACCACCAGCCAAAGAAGUCCACAUUGAAGUGUGAGACAAAUGUGAAGCUACAUGACUUCUUUUUACCGCUUCUAUUUUGGACAGUUGGACUUGUUCCCUGUCCUAUGUGCUCUACCAAUCACUCUCGACAUUUUCUGUCACAUUAUGGACUGCAUACAUUUGUUCCCAAGUAUCACAGCUUGGUUUUGCACCCACACCGGAUAUCCAUGUAACCCUCAGCUCCCAACUUCUUACUUGGAAAACAUCUUUCCUAUGUGGUGUUCUUCCCAUGUGGUCACUUGAAUGGUGUUGUUUUACAUUGGCAGUGUGCAUGUGAUAAACCUACUCUUUCAGCUCUCCCCCCCCCUCCCCCUCAUUAUUACAGACACAUUGUUUGUCAAUGUUAUUAGCAAACAAUGCACAUCUUACUGACUUACCAGCAUUUUUGCUACCAGCUCUUCGCCACUGUCAACCCAAAACUUAAGAUAUACCUUUUUUGGUGGAGAAAAAAAAGGUAAAACUAUUACAAACAUUUCAAAGGUUUAAUUUAAGCAUAUUUCAAAUGCUCAACUGCAAUUUAACACUGCAACAACCUUAGCACAUGUAAGUCAUGUGCCAGUGUGGCCUCAAGCUCAAAGUAUCUUUACUGUUGUCCUUCGUACUCUUACACAUGUGGCUUCUAUACUGUAAAUAUAUAUCAAAAGCAAAAGGUACUGGAUCACCUUACUUUCUAUGUUUUCUUCAGCUUUUUACUACACAGAACCGGUUAUGUCACUUUGAUUCAUAAAAGUAGUUAAACUAACAUUGUUACUUUUAAAACAAAGCCAAUUUAUCUAAUUGUAGUGAAUUUUUGCAGAAACCAAUCAUUUAAAGUGACAAUACCUAAAGUUUUUUUUAGUUCUAUUUUUCAAUAUUGUGGUAAUGGGCACAGAAAUAAUAAUAGUUAAAUCAGGGACCAUUUUUAUUGUGUUCAUUGUUGGGUGUCUUUUUUGCUAAUGCAAGAAAUAACAUGAUUCAUUAAAGAGUAAUGCUGAGAAUCAGAUUUUUUUUAAAAAAUCUUGUACAUGUGUAAUAAGUAUGAAAUUAUAGCUCAGAGGCAAUGAGCUCUAUCUUAGCAGAACAACAAGUAACACUACUACUACUUGUUUAAUCCAGGUACCAGUUCAUAAGUCAAAGGUGAUAAAUUAUUGUUUCUUGGGCAGUUGUGUACUAAAACCAAUUGUAACAUUUGUUAAAGAUGUAGUUUGAGAUUUCAAUUAGUCAGCUUUUGAUUUCUCUGUAGACUAGAUUUUCAAUUUUCAACUUUUAGACUUUUAGACUAGCCUUCAUCUAGCCUUUUCUCCUUGACUGCAUUUUUUGUACAUUUGUGUUAAGCUAAUUUUGUUUCUCAAUUGUAGCUUCAUACUUAUAGAUAAACGAGAGUGACAUCUCUCAGUUGACUGAGAAGACGUCUAAUUUAAGCAUCGUGUGAGACAGUGCUAUUGCUGGCAGUUAAUUGGCUAGCUAGCAAUUGCUUUCUUGCCAUUGCUACUUAUAUGCUAAUGGAAUUACAUCCAAGCAUUGGGAAGUCAUUUAUAUCUAACUCUGUGAGUUCUAAGUCAUUAUCAGUGAUGACCUUAGUCAUGCUUGUGUAUUCCUUCCUUUAGCAUAGCCAAAUACCUACCCAAAGAGAUAUAAACAAUGUACCAUGAAUCUCCCAUUAGGCCCCAGAGGGUGAAAAACUGUCUAUGCGUUUUUCAAAAAUUAUGACUAGAAGCAAGUUGCUAUCAGCAAUCGUCUCAACUUGGGUGUAUUUGGUUUAUUAUUUUAUGUUUCUGCACAUACUUGAGGUCUCUCAUUUAUGAAAAUGUUUAUGGAAUUUAUGUUUAAAGCUCACAUGUAUGUUUCAGGAUGGAAUAUAACCAAUGGUUAGAAAUGUGCUUUACUUGUUUUAGCAUUAAUAGCUUACACAGCUUAACUCCACAAUAGCUACUUUGUUAUGGGUGAAGGAAUGAGACUGAAAUGGUUGAUUCUCCACUGGCAAACACAGGAUCUCUUUGAUGCUCUGAACAUUCAACGGCAGAGUCACCUGGAAAUGAAAUAGACCGAGUGGGUGGAAUCAGAUCUGCUUGCAUCAUUAGAGUAAAUCAAAUUUCACUGUGCUGGCAAACAAACAUGGAGACAAAGUGGUUGAUCAAUUGAUAAUAUGAGUCUUACACCUGAUGAAAGUCCUCAUAAUGAAGUGUUAAUUAUCUUUUGAGAUGGGCUGAGGUAUCAUUUCUGAUUAAAUAAAUCUAAUAAUUAUGAUAAAUAGAUUACUAAUUCGCAGAUUGUUGCUAAAGUCUUGCAUGUCAGGCAUACUUGAAGUCUGUAUCUUCAUAUUUUAACAUAUUUUAACAUUUGUUAAUUUUUUAGAAUGAAGAUUAUAGUUAUGGCUAAUGACCUUUACAUUUUUUGCGUUAAAAAAGUACUAUAGCAGUUAGGGCUGGGCCAUAUUACAGGGAGUGCAGAAUUAUUAGGCAAGUUGUAUUUUUGAGGAAUAAUGUUAUU